AUGGCCUCUGGAGUCCUGGAGCUGCUACAGCUGCAGCGGAGUGAAGAAAGGGAGACAAGAACCUUACUGGGCCUCGUGGCCGCCCUUUGUAAAAUCAGCAGUGCUCACCAGGCUACUGUAGCAUUAUGUGAACCAGCCCAGGUUCCCUUUCUGCCCUCCCCUUCCACGCCCCGACUACGCCUCAGCGCCCAGCUCAGCAGUCCCGUGCCAAGGCUCCAUGGAAGCCGCCUCCUCUCGGCGGCCACCCCGGGGUCAGCCCUUCUGGGGGCCCCAGAGACCUGCCGCGGUAGCCCAGCCCCAGGCGGCAGUGGGUCCACACCCGGGGGCGCGGUCCCGCCUGGUCGGGAGCCGCCCUACUCUGUCUGCACGGUGUUGGUGGUGACUCUGCUGGCGCUGCUGAUCGCGGCCACUUUCCUGUGGAAUUUGCUGGUUCUGGUCACCAUCCUGCGCGUCCGCACCUUCCAUCGCGUGCCGCAUAACUUGGUGGCUUCGACGGCCGUUUUGGAUCUAGUGGCAGCAGUGGUGAUGCCACUCAGCCCGAUGAGGGAGCUGUCGGCCCGGCGACGGUGGCAGCUGGGCCGGAGCCUGUGCCACGUGUGGACCUGCUUCGAUGUGCAGCGCUGCGCGGCCAGCAUCUGGAACGUGGCCGCCAUCGCGCUGGACCGCUACUGGACCAUCACGCGCCACCUGCAGUGCACGCCGCGCACCCGCCGCCGCGCCUCGGCGCUGGUGAUCGCGCUCACCUGGGCGCUGGCGGCGCUCCUCGCCCUCCCGCCACUGCUCUUAGGCUGGGGCGACGCCGGGCUUCAGCGCUGCCGGGCGAGCCAGGAGCCAUCCUGCGCUGUCUUCUCCACCUGUGACGCCUUUCACCUGCCUCUCGGAGUGGUGAUAGUUGUCUACUGGAAGAUCUACAAAGCCGCCGAAUUUCACUUGGGCCGCCGGCGCCGGGCUGUGCUGCCGUUACCCGCCACCGUGGAGGUGAAGGAGGCACCUCAUGAAGCUGAGAUGGUGUUCAUAGCAGGCUGCCCAGCAACUGUGACCUUCCAGGCAAAUGUUGACUCCUGGCGGGAACAGGAGAAACGAGCCAUGAUGGUGGGGAUACUGAUUGGAGUGUUUGUGCUGUGUUGGAUCCCCUUCUUUGUGACUGAGCUCAUUAGUCCCCUCUGUGCCUCCACCCUCCCCCCCAUCUGGAAAAGUGUAUUCCUGUGGCUUGGCUACUCCAAUUCUUUCCUUAACCCCCUGAUUUACACAGCUUUUAACAAGAACUACAACAAUGCUUUCAAAAGCCUCUUUACCAGGCAGAGAUGA